GAUAAAAAUAUGAUGAUUGUUUGUGUGUGUGUUGGGGUUUGAGGGCAAAAUAUGAUGAGCAGCCAUUGACAGAAGGUGAUGAGACAGAGAGUUUAUGCAUGCCUGAAUGAGGGAACCAACCACCAGCCUCCAGGCUCCAGCAUAUCUGGAACUCCGUAUUUCUACCCAGCGCCACCGCAGAAGCCUGCUCUACAGCGAUCCCGCCGCCGACGUUGGUUUCCUUCACCACCGUGUACUGCCAUGCCACCGAUUUUCUCCUAGUCUCGUUUUCCGAAGCGUUUCUCGCUUCUCAAUGGCUCCGCAAGUUUCAGGAUUCGAUAGAAUUUCUUCAAUCCGUGCUCACUAUGGCUUCCACCGUCGACUGGCGUCUCCAAAAUUGGCCAAUAGACUGGAUGUCAACAAAUUUAGGUUCAAUUUGGAAGUGCUUAGAAUUGGUGCGCGGGGGUGUUUUAGUGUUCCAGCUGGUGCUUGGAUGAAACGUUGCCGGCGUUUGAACUUUUCCGUGGCUAGGGGUAACCAGCCGGAACGGGUUGAGCUCGUAACCAAUGAGGAAGGUAAAAGAGACAGCCAAUCAUCCGAGGAGGCCAAUUUAGAUUCGCAACGUCAACAAAGAACAAGUCAGGUGAGGAAAAGGAUUAGUUUUGGACUGGGCAUUGGAUUCUCUGCUUUAGGGGUGGUGUUGGUUGGGAGUUGGGUUUUCACUAUGGCCAUUGCUACUGCAAUACUUAUUGGCUCUAGGGAGUACUUUGAGCUGGUAAGAAGUCACGGAAUUGCUUCUGGAGUGACCCCUCCACCCCAAUAUGUGUCACGAGCUUGUUCUGUUAUCUAUUCUUUAAUGCCUAUACUCACACUGUACUUGGGGAAUAUUGAUGUGUCUGUAACAACCGCAGCCUUUCUUGUCACUAUGGCCCUCCUUUUGCAGCAAGAGAGUCCUCGAUUCACUCAACUUAGUAGUGCCAUUUUUGGGUUACUCUACUGUGGCUACCUUCCUUGUUUCUGGGUCAAGCUGCGCUGUCUAGAAGCUCCAUCCCUAAAUACCAGAUUUGUAGCAUCUUGGCCACUUCUUCUUGGUGGACAAUCUGUAUGGACUGUAGGCCUGGUUUCUACCCUGAUUUCGAUUAGCAGCAUUAUUGCAGCAGAUUCAUUUGCCUUUUUUGUUGGAAAGGCUUUUGGUCGGACACAACUAACUGCAAUUAGUCCAAAAAAGACAUGGGAGGGAACUCUGGCUGGGCUAAGUGGUUGUAUAGCAACCUCCGUCUUAUUGGCCAAGAUCUUGUGCUGGCCUUCUUCUGUCCUAAGUGCUGUAGCUUUUGGCUUUUUGAAUUUCAUCGGGUCUAUUUUUGGAGACCUCACAGAGUCCCUGAUUAAGCGUGAUGCUGGCGUGAAGGAUUCAGGAUCACUGAUACCUGGACAUGGAGGCUUACUGGAUAGGGUUGAUAGCUAUGUCUUUACAGGAGCACUGGCAUACUCUUUUGUGAGAAUAUUUCUACCACUUUAUGGAGUUUGAUGAAGGUCAUGCAGUGUUCCAAUAUGUAGGCCAAUUUGACUUGGCUGAGUACAAAGUCCACUGGUGACAUGUUUAUGCAUAAAAAGGCUCAGAAGAAAAUCUGCUUCAGAAAGAAAUUAUCUAGUUCAAGAAUGGGAACAAAGUCCACCAGGUUGAGGUCAUCUAAUUGUUUUUAACUUUCUAUUUGAUUAGGGAAUUGAGUCUUUGAACCACUUAUAUGAAGUUGUUGUCACAUGUUGCCUAGGUGGGGUUGGGCCUGGGUAGGAUGCAUUGGGACAUGACUACUAAUAUACAACACAUAUGAGUGUGUGUGUGUAAGAUGUAAGGAAAGAAAGUUGUUUUAGAUAGAAAAGGGAGGUAGCACCACCUUGCAAAUGGAAGCUAACCCCAUCACAUAUUCAUACAAAGGAAUUCUGGAAUUUGCAAGAAAGUUUUUAGCUUUGAGGUAGAAAAAAAAAAAAAAAGACCAUAGUUGUGUUACUAUUAA